AUGUUGAGUCAGGUUGCCCCGUUCCUCCAUCUAUUUGUCCAAGCCGUUGCCUCCUUUGAGAAGCUUCGUGAGGAUAUCGAUCGCCAGCCUCUGAUCGACGGCACGGACACUUCGGGUCUUCGCCUCUCAGAGGCAGAGGGUGGCUUUGAGUUCCAGGAUGUUUCUUUCACCUAUCCCUCCCGACCGGAGAUCCUCGUCCUGGAUAAAAUCACCAUUUCUUUGCCUGCCAAAAAGCACACGGCACUUGUUGGUCUUUCGGGAAGCGGCAAGUCAACCAUCGCGGGCCUCGUCACCAGAUUGUAUGAUCCCACGGAGGGACAAAUCCUGUUUGAUGGUAACGACUUGCGUGAUGUCAAUCUUCGCGACUUACGAGGGUUUUGCAGUCUAGUGCAGCAGGAACCCUCUCUUUUGGAUCGUUCGCUGCUAGAAAACAUUGCACAUGGCCUGAUCAAUUCCAGCAACCCAAGUCAUGGGCAUUUGAAGGAGACACUCCUCAGCUCUGUGCUUGCCGACCUAGCGAGCGAGGUGAGAGAAGGCCAGGAGAUCAUGGCAGCAGCAAAAGCACGAAGCCCGGAACUCGUUGAAAUCGUGAACUUGGUCCAGAAAGCUGCGGCACUUGCAGAUGCAGAUGGAUUCAUAUCGAAGUUGCAACACGGAUAUGGAACGUCCGUGGGUUCGAGUGGGCGCCUCAUCAGCGGCGGUCAGAAGCAACGCGUGUCGCUUGCUCGGGCUUUGGUCAAAGACCCUGCUGUCCUCAUCCUGGAUGAAGCAACCGCCUCUCUCGACUCAAGAAGUGAGCAACGUAUUCAAAAAGCAAUUUCCAACAUUUCAACCGGCCGAACUGUCAUCACGAUUGCGCAUCGUCUUUCGACAAUUACCAGCGCGGAUAAUAUCAUUGUUAUGCACAAGGGAAACCUUGUGGAACAAGGAGACCAUGCAACAUUGAUGGCUAAGAAUGGAACCUACGCUGAUCUUGUCAAUUUGCAAUCUCUCGGAUCUGCAUCUGCAAAGAAUACUACAUCAACUGGAGACACGGCCCGCAAGUCGGAUCAAGUCUCUUUGACAGACACAGAGAAUGAGAAAGGCAGCUUGUCUCGAGAUCACCUUGGGAAGCAGGAGAAUACUCAAGUUUCCACAACUGAAGCCCCGGUUGCCGAUUCCAUUGAAGAGGAGGAGGAACCUGAGACUCCACGCAAAUCUCUGUGGGCCCUCGUGAAAGGAUAUGGGCCAGCUGUGAGACCCCAUCUCUUGAUGGUGUUCGUCGCUCUGCUCGGCGCUAGCAUCGUGGGAGGGGCAUUUUCAGGAGAAGCGGUGAUCUUUGGAAAUACCGUUGGAAGCCUGACACCCUGCAAGAGCCCAGACAGCAUUCGAUCUCGUGGUGACUUCUUCGGGUUGAUGUUCUUUGUGCUUGCUAUCAUCGAGUUCUUCGCGAAUCUGGCUAGUUGGGCUGGAUUUGGCUGGGUCUCUGAGAAGUUUGUAUAUACAGUCAGAGUUUUGUCAUUCCGGUCGCUAUUCGAGCAAGACCUUCAAUGGCACCAGUCCAAAGGUCGGACACCUGCCAUGCUUCUAUCAUAUAUCACCCGAGACGGCAACGCUCUGGCUGGCCUAAGCGGCUCUGUUAUUGGCUCGUUGUUUUCCAUUAGUGUCAAUCUUGUCGCCGCAAUCAUUUUGACUCACAUUAUUGCCUGGAAGAUUGCUUUGGUUUGUCUGUCUUUGGUGCCACUUCUUCUCGGAGCUGGUUUGAUGGAGCUCCAUGUGCUUGGAAAAUUCGAGGAACGCCACGAAACCGCUUAUACCAAGUCGGUCGACAUCGGCACAGAGGCCAUUACAUCUAUCAAAACAAUUGCGUCUCUAUCUCUUGAAGAGGAAACCCUGAGGACUUAUCGGCGGUCCUUGAAGGGUCCUCGCCAAGAAACCUUCAAGGUCACCCUCCAAGCAAGUCUCUGCCAAGCCAUUACCUACUUCCUUGGUAACUGUGUUAAUGCUCUCGCAUACUGGUGGGGCGCCAAGCAGAUUAUUGCAGGCACUUACACCCAAACACAGUUCUUGAUUGUGGUCUUCUCGCUUCUUGUGAGCGCACUUCUCUGGAGUCAAAUGUUUGCCCUCGCACCAGAGCUUUCAAAUGCCCGAGCAGCAAUGGCAAGAAUUCUGAGCCUGAUUGAAAUCGGCUCAGACAAAAUGCAAGGGCGCAUCCAUUGCCCUUCCCUGACCGACCCCAUCGAGAAAGACCUCGAGGCGAAGGUGGAACCGAAGCCUACUCUUCCUGCUGGCGCUUCCAGUGUGCAAUUCCGCGACGUUCAUUUUGCAUACCCGGCUCGGCCAGACAUCAAGGUUUUGAGUGGAUUAAGCCUUGAUAUCCGACCUGGAACGUUCUGUGCCCUUGUCGGCCCCAGUGGUGCUGGUAAAUCUACGAUCAUUUCUCUUGUCGAAAGAUUGUACAAGCCUGAAUCAGGCGGUAUUGUGAUUGAUGGGGUCGAUGUGACCAAGCACCACGAUGUGACCUUCCGAGACACAAUUGCAUUGGUUCCGCAAGAGAGCGUACUGUUCGAGGGAAGCAUCAAAUUCAACAUCGGCCUUGGCGCUAGACCUGACCACGAAGCGACCAUGGAAGAAAUUGAAGAAGCAUGCAAGCUGGCCAAUAUCCACGAGGUUAUCAUAGGACUGCCUGAAAGCUACAAUACUCUUUGUGGCCCCAACGGCAACCAGUUCUCGGGAGGUCAGAAGCAGCGGCUGUCGAUUGCCCGGGCGCUGGUUCGGAAACCUAAGUUGCUCAUUCUUGACGAAUCAACGAGUGCUCUGGAUGCCGAAUCGGAGAAGCUCUUGCAAGAUGGCCUUGAAAAAGCUGCAAGGGGAGUUACGGUCAUUGCGAUUGCUCAUCGUCUACACACUAUCAGAAAGGCAGACACGAUCUUCUUGAUUGAAGCUGGGCAGUGCAUUGACCAUGGGUCGCAUGAGGAACUGCUCGAACGAUCGGAGAGCUACCGGGCGAACGUCAUGCAUCAAACAGUGGCGACAUGA